UUCUCCUGCAAUCAUAAAGCAAAUUCCACUACAUAAUCAUACCUUUCCUCCCUUGUAAACCCCAUUGUUGUCUUUCUUUGUCUCCAAGUUUUGCAUCCUCAACUCAAACAUCUCCUUCUUCGCUAAGAAAACCGCUUCCAUAUAUCCCCUCUUCAAAUUUCCACACAACAUUACAAGAGGCAGAGAAGAGGAAGAAAAAGAAGAUGAGUGCUGAUUGGGGACCGGUGGUUGUGGCAGUUGUAUUGUUCAUUCUAUUAUCACCGGGGCUUCUGUUCCAACUACCAGCGAGGACGAGGGUGGUAGAGUUUGGGAACAUGUACACAAGUGGGAUUUCAAUCCUGAUUCAUGCUGUACUCUAUGCUUGUAUCUACACCAUCUUGAUCGUUGCAAUUGGCAUUCACAUACGGGCUUGAUUGAUCUACCACACUACAUAGUUUGCUCCCAUAACUGGGAUUGCCCUUUAAAUUUGCCAUUUUUUUUUUUUUUGGUUCUGGGAAACCCCUUCGAAUGGGCUUUGUUGUUAGAGAAUGUAUUAUGGUUAGUCUAAUGUUUUGGUUUAUAUGAAUGAAGGAAACAUGGUACUGAACUUUGUGAAUUGCUUUUGAUGAUAA